AUGGCGCCGGUUGUGCUCGAAGGCAGGCCUAUUCCAGAAGUAGACAUAUUGUUCCUAGGCAGUCCAGGCGUGGGCAAGGCUACGUUCCUGGCUCAAAUUGAACACGUGCGCAAUGGAAAACUCGAGAGUCCAGCCCAGCGAAAGCCAGCUCCCGCUUCAGCCGGCCCUUUAAGUUGGAAUGUGACGCUGUUCGGACGGCCGUACAAAUUCCGCAUCCAUCCCUCGACGUCGACGCUGUUCGUGGACCCAUUCCCGGACGAGCCGGACUUCACCAUCAUCGCAUUCUCGAUAUCUUCGCGCGAGUCGCUUCAUAAUGCGCAGUACUACUGGCGCAAGCAGCUGUCUAUGCAUUAUGGCCACUUGGAGCACAAUAUGCCCGUGAUGCUGUUGGGAUUAAAACGCGACGAGCGAACAGAUAAGAGAUUGGAGGACGGGACGUUUGAAUGCGUGAUGCCUCAAGAGGCUCUGCGCGUUGCUCAAGAGAUGCAAUGCGAUCGCUACGCAGAGUGCAGUGCUCUGACCGGAGAAUUGAUGUGGGAGGCUCUGGAAGACAUUACUCGCACUGCCGCUAUGACUACUACGGAAAACGGCGCAGUAAGCCAGGGAAGCAUGUGUUUGGUUAUGUGA